AUGUUACCAUCAAUGAAGCCGCACGCUCGCGUGCUGAUUUUGGCUGCCUGUUGCGCCGCCUCGUGGACCUUCAAGUUGACCGAGAGUCCCAUCCAGCUGACCGACUCCAAGAACGAAACCGCCAAAAGGAUGAUUGAGGAGGUGGUGUCCGAAAACAUGCAGAGGGACAUGCACGACAUCAACGGGCUUCCGAACCCUGAGGGGGACAAUGAGAGCGAGAGCAAGGCGGGCUUUGGCGAGCUUGCAAAAAACCUGGAGUUCUUGCUCUUGAAGGUCGCACAGCUCGAGACGGUGGCCGAGAUGCAUGAGGCAGCGAUCCAAGAGCAAGCCAAGGUGAUCCAAGCACAACAACAAGAAAUCAAUACCUUGAAGGGUGAAAGUCAAAAAGAUGGAGCCGUCUUGCUGGAAAUGGAGCACCAGGACGCCCAGACACGAUUGAAUGAGGCCCAGGCCCUGGCGAAGAGAGUGAUGCUGAAGCAGACACGUCAACGACAGACGCGUAAUUUCCACGAAGGUCUCCCUGCGGACGAGCCGCACUCAUCGGAUGUUGAGGAAUCGGGGGUAAACUUGGCGGCCGAGAGCGCGUCGUCCUCUGAGCAAGAGUCUGCAAGUUGGCCGUGGAAGCACCGCAGAAGAAGAUGGAACCCAGUGCAUAUUGUGAAAAGCGUAGCCGAAACGAUGGCUGACGGCUAUGCGGCUGCAAAGGACAAGGCAAAGUGGGUACGCGAGAACACCAUCAAUACAGUGGAGAAGGCCGUCAAAGUUCUCACCCAAGGCUUCUCAGAUUUUGGUGCUUCCUGUCCACACUCGACACUUCCUCGUAUCACAAGCUUCACUUCUCAUGGGCUGUACAUCGACUUUGGAAAGCUUUAUUGCAAAAUCUCGCUCAUAGGGCAGAGCACUCCGUUGUUCGGAUUCAACUUCGGAUCAAAAUCCACAGCGCUGCCUCCUGCACUAAAGACAGCUGCUACCAUUGGUGGUGAGCUCACAAGCUGCACGACAACUGGGAGAAGUGCUAUGCGUUGCCUCAGCGACAAGACCACAGACGUGAUGUCUUGGGACUCCGUAAACACGAUUGGCGAUUGGAUCAUCAACCCCAGUCACGGUGUGCCCUCCUUGGCGACCGUGGCUAAGCUGGGUGUUGAGCUCGGGAGCUGCAUGCAACAAGGGUUCCAACUUUUCCGAUGCAUCAGUGACAAGGCGACGGGCAUGAUGUCCUGGGGCUCCGUAAAGACGAUCGGCGGAUGGAUCCUUAACCCUACCCACGGCAUGCCCUCCUUGGCGACCGUGGCCAAACUGGGUGGUGAGCUCGCGAGCUGCACACAAACUGGGCCCGGUAUUAUGCGUUGCCUCAGCGACAAGACCACCAACGUGAUGUCCUGGGGCUCCGUAAAGACGAUCGGCGGAUGGAUCCUUAACCCUACCCACGGCAUGCCCUCCUUGGCGACCGUGGCCACACUGGGUGGUGAGCUCGCGAGCUGCACACAAACCGGGCCCGGUAUUAUGUCUUGCCUCAGCGAAAAGACCAUCGACGUGAUGUCCUGGGGCUCCGUAAAGACGAUCGGCGGAUGGAUCCUUAACCCUACCCAUGGCAUGCCCUCCUUGGCGACCGUGGCCAAGCUGGGUGGUGAGCUCGCGAGCUGCACACAAACUGGGUGGGGUAUUCUGCGUUGCCUCAGCGAAAAGACCAUCAACGUGAUGUCCUGGGGCUCCGUAA